ACGUCAUAAGGCUGCGUCGCGCUCCUGCAUCCGUGUUUCUGCUGGAGAAAGAGAAACUCCUGCUGAAGCACACUGUUAUAAAGAUGGAGUUUAUUAAAGAGGAGAGAGAAGACCUGAAGAUUGAAGAAGAUUUCAGAGUCAAACAUGAAGAUACUGAGCAACAACAAACAGAGAUGAUGUUUAUUAUAGAGGAGAGUGAAAACGUGAUAAUUGAAGAAAAUACUGAGCAACAAACAGAGAUGAUGUUUAUUAUAGAAGAGAGUGGAGAGGUGAUGAUUGAAGAAAAUACUGAGCAACAAACAGAGAUGAUGUUUAUUAUAGAGGAGACGAUUGAAGUCAAACAUGAAGAUACUGAGGAACAACAAACAGAGAUGAUGUUUAUUAAAGAGGAGAGUGAAGACGUGAAGAAUGAAGUCAAACAUGAAGAUACUGAGGAACAAACAGACCUGAUGCCACUGAAAGAGGAGAGUCGAGACCUGAAUGAAAUGGAAGAAAACAAUCAGGAUGAGAAAUGCCAUGAUAUCAUGACUGGGGGAAAAUCUUUGAGUGACUCGCAGACUCAUGAAACAGAAACUAGGAGCCUUAAAGGCCAGAAGAGAGUACAUGCUAAAGAGAAACCCCAUGCCUGCCAACAGUGUGGGAAGAGUUUUACAGCAAAAGGAAGUCUUAACAUUCACAUGAGAGUUCACACUGGAGAGAGGCCUUACUCCUGUCAAGAGUGUGGGAGGAGUUUUGCACUAAAAAAAGAUCUUAAAUGUCACUUGAGAGUUCACACUGGAGAGAAGCCUUACUCCUGUCAACAGUGUGGGAAGAGUUUUGCACAAAAAGGAACUCUGAAUACCCACAUGAGAAUUCACACGAAAGAGCGCCCUUUCACCUGCCAACAGUGUGGGAAAAGUUUCAGUCAAAAAGAAAGCCUUGAAAUCCACUUAAAAAUCCAUGCUGGAGAGAAGCCGUUCAACUGCCCUGAGUGUGGAAAGAGUUUUGAACUGAGAAAUACCCUUAAUGUCCACAUGAGGACUCACACUGGAGAGAAACCUUACUCCUGCGACCUGUGUGGGAAGAGCUUCACACGAAACGAAACAUUUAAGGGUCACAUGGCAAUUCACAAGGGAGAGAAUCCUUUUGAUUGUGAUGAGUGUGGAAAGAGUUUCCGAUAUAAAAGAAACCUUAAGCAGCACAUGAGGAUUCACUCUGGAGAUACAUGUUUCAUUGAAAGGAAUCGCCUUAAGAAUCGUGUACGACGUCACAUUGCAGAGAAGCUUCACACAUGCCCUCACUGUGAAAAGGGUUUCACAAAACGAGCAAAGCUGGAGGAGCACAUAAGAAUUCACACUGGAGAGAAACCUUUCACCUGCCCUCAGUGUGGAAAGAGCUUCACGAUUAAAGGAAACCUUAGGAUUCACAUUAGAGUUCACACUGGAGAGAAGCCUUACAAGUGUCCUCAGUGUGAAAAGAGUUUCAAAAAUAACACAAGCCUGAAACGACAUUUGCAAACUCAUUCUGUAAAGAUAAUUCUGAUUUCCAUAGUAUGUGACGUCAUAAGGCUGCGUCAUGCUCCUGCAACCGUGUUUCUGCUGGAGAAAGAGAAACUCCUGCUGAAGCACACUGUUAUAAAGAUGGCGUUUAUUAAAGAGGAGAGUGAAGACCUGAAGAUUGAAGAAGAUUUCAGAGUCAAACAUGAAGAUACUGAGACACAACAAACAGAGAUGAUGUUUAUUAUAGAGGAGAGUGAAAACGUGAUAAUUGAAGAAAAUACUGAGCAACAAACAGAGAUGAUGUUUAUUAUAGAAGAGAGUGGAGAGGUGAUGAUUGAAGAAAAUACUGAGCAACAAACAGAGAUGAUGUUUAUUAAAGAGGAGAGUGAAAACGUGAUAAUUGAAGAAAAUACUGAGCAACAAACAGAGAUGAUGUUUAUUAUAGAGGAGACGAUUGAAGUCAAACAUGAAGAUACUGAGGAACAACAAACAGAGAUGAUGUUUAUUAAAGAGGAGAGAGAAGACCUGAAGAAUGAAGUCAAACAUGAAGAUACUGAGGAACAAACAGACCUGAUGCCACUGAAAGAGGAGAGUCGAGACCUGAAUGAAAUGGAAGAGAACAAUGAGGAUGAGAAAUGCCAUGAUAUCAUGACUGGGGAAAAAUCUUUGAGUGACUCGCAGACUCAUGAAACAGAAACUAGGAACCUUAAAGGCCAGAUGAGAGUACAUACUAUAGAGAAGCCUUACUCCUGCCAACAGUGUGGGAAGAGUUUUGCACUAAAAGGAAGUCUUAACAUUCACAUGAGAGUUCACACUGGAGAGAGGCCUUACUCCUGUCAAGAGUGUGGGAAAAGUUUUGCACUAAAAGGAGAUCUUAAAUGUCACUUGAGAGUUCACACUGGAGAGAAGCCUUACUCCUGUCAAGAGUGUGAGAGGAGUUUUGCACUAAAAGGAAAUCUGAAUAGCCACAUGAGAGUUCACACGAGAGAGCGCCCUUUCACCUGCCAACAGUGUGGGAAAAGUUUCAGUCAAAAAGAAAGCCUUGAAAUCCACUUAAAAAUCCAUGCUGGAGAGAAGCCGUUCAACUGCCCUGAGUGUGGAAAGAGUUUUGAACUGAAAAAAAACCUUAAUGUCCACAUGAGGACUCACACUGGAGAGAAACCUUACUCCUGCGACCUGUGUGGGAAGAGCUUCACACGAAACGAAACAUUUAAGGGUCACAUGGCAAUUCACAAGGGAGAGAAUCCUUUUGAUUGUGAUGAGUGUGGAAAGAGUUUCAGAUAUAAAAGAAACCUUAAGCAGCACAUGAAGAUUCACUCUGGAGAUACAUGUUUCAUUGAGAGGAAUCGCCUUAAGAAUCGUGUACGACAUCACAUUGUAGAGAAGCUUCACACAUGCCCUCACUGUGAAAAGGGUUUCACAAAACGAGCAAAGCUGGAGGAGCACAUAAGAAUUCACACUGGAGAGAAACCUUUCACCUGCCCUCAGUGUGGAAAGAGCUUCACGAUUAAAGGAAACCUUAGGAUUCACAUUAGAGUUCACACUGGAGAGAAGCCUUACAAGUGUCCUCAGUGUGAAAAGAGUUUCACAUAUCACACAGACCUGAAACGACAUUUGCAAACUCAUUCUGUAAAGAUAAUUCUGAUUUCCAUCGUGUGACCAAGAGGUUUAGAAAAAGGAGGCAAUAGAAAAUGUUUAUCUUUUAGAAAACAAUGUUACAUUCACACACCACAGCUGAAAGUGAGCUUCAUCUGAUUCAACUUUGACUACUUUUUUAUUUAUUUGUAUUAUAUUUUUAUAUCUUUUACCUUUUUAUUCUUCACCUGACCAUCUUCUUUGCUAUGGUUUCACCCUUUAAUUUAGACCAGGGGAUGGCAACCAAUAGAGAAAACUGCAUACCAAUGUUUGUUUUGAGGUCCUCUGCACAAUCUGACCUGUGUUGCAGCCUGGAAUUGAACUGCUGGUUCAGCUAUUGUCCUUUUGCAUUAUUACACACUAUUUUACCUAUUUAAUACUGUAAAGUUGCUUUUACACAAUCUGUAUUGUAGCAUUUGGACUAAUCCGACACAAAAUUGUUCAUUAGAUUUAACAAAUAAAUUUUUCAUUAGAUUAACAAAUAAUCACAGACCCCUCACCCAAUAAACAUACUGAGUGCCAGGAUGUCUGUGAAGGACCCCAGGCCCCUGGUUACCAUGGCAACCACGGCACCUCAGCCAGAUAAGAUAAACUUUACGACCUAAAAGUAUGUAGAGAGAAUCUUCCCCCCUACUCGAUUCUCUCUAAAACAGACACAUACUGCUAUAGGAAAUGACUUCUUUCAUUAAUUCAUGGACAAACUUUUCUAUGGCCUUAAUUGCAUAUCUCCAGGUCAUUGUGUAUGAUUACUACCUUCUUGUAUGUGGUCUUUUGUAUUGUAUACUGUUUUAUGCAUGCUUAUGAUAGAACCACUCAUUCAUGUAAUCUUAUCUAUGCCAUGUUUAGUAUCUAUGAAUUCGUCUUCUGAUGAUCUAAAUGAGAGAGUAUAUUAUAUGUUGGUAUAUAUGCAACCUGUUAGUGAUCUAAGAAUCUUUAGUUAUUUUUGCAUCAACACCCAGUUGAAUUACAUAUGCAAAUUACUAUCCUGUGAAAACAGAGAGUCGUAAAGACUUUCCCUUCGAAAGUGCAAGUCACCAUUGGCUCUUUGACCCCCGAGAGGUGUAACCUCCACAGAACUUAAAAGGCCUCACUUCAGUGACUCGCCUAGCUUUUAGUCUCUUCACUCGUCUCUCAUCACCUUCUCGUCUUCUAGUGACUAAGUCCCAGAGCCGGCGCAACCGCGCCUGGCAGGUCUUGACACAGAUUUUUAGAUUCUUUUAUAUUCUGAGAAGAUGAGGAUGUGAGCUAGAACUCUCCUGGAACCCUUAAGUGUGCCGGGCUUCGCCCUUGACUUUCCAUUCAACAAAGAUCCUCAGAUCUUAGCUCUUCUUCACUUCCUACCUGGGAAGAAACUCCCAAUCACCAUCGAGUCAGGACAUCUUUGGAAUUCAUCACUCUUCAAACCUGGCAGAACGUGAUCGCAAGUCCAAAACCUUGAAACCAUCAAGACUUUCAUCACUCACUCGUCAACGACCAAGGCAAUGCAAGUAUCGUACAUUCAACUAAACGAGACAGAGGUUUAGUAUAAGCUAUAGACCCUGUUAUAAACUCUUUUCAUAGCUUCAUUGUCUGGUUUUCCUGAUGAUUUCAUCCAUCAAAUCUUAUUUGCCCUUUCCCCAUGUAUGAGUGAUUGUAUGUUUGUUUAUUUAGAUUAGUUAUGCGUGUUAGUGUUUAGUUAAUAAAAC